GAUUGACGUUAAUUGAAAAUAAGAAAAACGAAAGAAGAGCAGAGCGCCGUUCACACAGCUCGACGGGGAAAAGGGGGCAUGUUGGAUGUUGGGAAUGUUGAGAUAUGAGAUUAUCCCAGCACACGCUCGGAUGCGAUACCGGCUGAGGGAUUCGGCAGGUUAGUGGUGAAACUGCUUUUGUGCUGGAAAAAUGAAUAUCUUCACCUUAUGAACUCAUCAACCAAUAGAAUGGGGCUCUUGGUGGUGCACACCUGGCUGUGGAGAUGCCCACUGGAUCAUCCUGCCUGUGUGGCGUGUGCUUAUUCUGUGUAUGUUUGAAAGUGUGUGAUUUUGUAAAAACAGUGAGUGUUUUAAGUUAAAGACAGAGAUUUAUUAGUGUAAAUGUGUGUGUGAGUGCGUACUGUUAAGAGGGACCAUGUGGCACACACAGUCAGCAGCUUCCUUGCCGCUUACCCACCUGCUCUGCCGACCUCUGACCUUUUCCCUGUGUUGGCUGCUCAUGUGGUUGAUGUGGUCAGUCUCCAUGGCAACAGCACUGACCUACCAGCCCACUGUAAACACAGCACUUGGCAGACUAAGGGGCACACGGGUUGCCAUUGCGACAGAGGGUCUGGGCCCUGUGGAUCAGUACCUGGGUGUGCCUUAUGCUGCCCCGCCUAUUGGAGAGAAGCGUUUCAUGCCGCCCGAUGCUCCAUCAGCCUGGUCGGGUGUACGGAACGCCACACGCUUCCCUCCCGUUUGCCCACAGACCAUCCGCAAUGCAGUGCCCGACAUCAUGUUGCCUGUCUGGGCCACCUACAACCUUGACACAGUCGCUACAUAUCUGCAGGAGCAGAGCGAGGACUGUCUGUACUUGAAUAUAUAUGUACCCACACAAAGUGGCACUAAGAGAACAGGCGACAUGUCAGCUGACACAGAUCGUACAGAGGAUGAUGGGCUUUGGGAUUCUCGAGAUGACCCACGUCCUGUGAUGUUGUUUAUUCAUGGUGGCUCAUACAUGGAGGGCACAGGAAACAUUAUGGAUGGCAGUGUGCUGGCCAGCUACGGCAACGUCAUUGUCAUAACUCUCAACUACAGGGUCGGAAUACUUGGAUUUUUAAGCACUGGUGAUCAGGCUGCUAAAGGGAAUUAUGGUCUCUUGGAUCAGAUUCAGGCCCUGCGUUGGAUCACUAAGAACAUUGGAUAUUUUGGUGGCGAUCCCGGCCGUGUGACAGUGUUUGGCUCAGGAAUCGGAGCAUCCUGUGUCAGUUUGCUCACUCUUUCACACCAUUCCGAAGGUUUAUUCCACAGAGCAAUCAUUCAGAGUGGCUCAGCACUGUCCAGUUGGUCAGUGAACUAUCAACCUGUGAAAUACACUCGUCUCCUUGCAGAGCGUGUUGGCUGCAAUGUCCUUGAUACGCAUGACCUGGUCCUCUGCAUGCAGAAGCGUAGCUACAGGGAGCUGGUGGAACAGGAAAUUCAGCCAGCACGCUUCCAUGUGGCCUUUGGACCUGUAAUUGAUGGUGACCUCAUCCCUGAUGACCCUGAAGUGCUCAUGGAGCAGGGGGAGUUCCUCAACUAUGACAUCAUGUUGGGCGUUAAUCAAGGGGAGGGCUUCCGCUUUGUAGAGGGAGUGGUGGAGCCAGAAGAGGGUAGCGUUUCUGGUUCGGAUUUUGACUUUGCAGUCUCUGAUUUUGUGGAUGGUCUUUAUGGUUACCCAGAAGGGAAGGAUACUCUGAGAGAGACUAUAAAGUUUAUGUACACAGACUGGGCCGAUCGAGACAAUCCUGAAACUCGUCGCAAAACUCUGGUGGCCAUGUUUACGGAUCACCAGUGGGUGGAGCCAGCAGUGGUGACGGCAGACCUGCAUGCUCGCUACGGUUCUCCAACCUUUUUUUAUGCAUUCUACCAUCACUGCCAGAGCCCCAUGAAACCUCCAUGGGCGGAUUCGGCACAUGGUGAUGAGCUACCCUAUGUGUUUGGCAUUCCACUUAUUGGUCCAACAGAACUCUUCCCCUGUAACUUCUCUCGCAAUGACAUCAUGCUGAGUGCCGUCGUUAUGACCUACUGGACCAACUUUGCAAAAACUGGGGAUCCGAACAAGCCAGUUCCUCAGGACACUAAGUUCAUCCACACCAAGGCGAACCGUUUUGAGGAAGUAACGUGGGCCAAAUACAGUCCCCAUGACCAGAUUUACCUGCAUAUUGGGUUAAAGCCACGUGUUCGGGAUCAUUACCGUGCUACUAAAGUGGCCUUCUGGAAACACCUGGUACCUCACCUGUACAAUCUGCAUGAUAUGUUCCACUACACAUCCACCACUACAAGAGUCCCGCCGCUUUUGACCACGCAUAGCUCUAACAGUGCCACGCCUCGCCCCGGGGGCAACAAAGUUCGAACCUCUGGUAAACAGCCUCCCCAAUCCACAGCACGCAGUGGACCGCUGGUCAUCGCCAACCCGCGCGAUUACUCCACUGAGCUGAGCGUCACUAUCGCCGUUGGAGCUUCGCUCCUCUUCCUCAAUGUGCUGGCCUUUGCUGCGCUUUAUUAUCGCAAAGACAAGCGCAGUCGACAGGAAACGCCACCUCAAGCUGUCCCUCAGCGACAGACCCCACCCAAUGAUCUCAGCUAUACGCCCACCUCCAUCUCAGGGGGGAACCAAGAAGAGGGGUCAUUGUGCCAUCCCCUCCGUUUGACCCCAGCAUCGUCUCCACGGGAUUACGCCCUCACGCUUCGUCGAUCACCGGAUGACAUUCCACUCAUGACUCCAAGUUCUGUCGCCAUGACACCGAACAGUGGAACUAUGACACCCAACACUGUAACCUUGACACCCAAUAGUGUUACCAUGACACCCAACACCAUUACCAUGUCACCCAAUUCGUUGAUGGGGUAUCCCAGCAUGCACCCUUACAACACAUUCACACAUGGAUACAACUCUACCACUCUGCCCCACCCACACUCAACAACACGUGUAUAACAUUCAACUCAAACGCAUACCAGCAUACCAACACACCAACGUGCAACACAUGCAACAAAUGAAUGCCACAAAUCCCUAAAACAUAAUCACAACAACUCGAUCUAUGAUUACUAUAUGUAAUCAGUAUUUCAGUAAACCAGAUCAAACUGGUGAAACCUGUGUUGAAAAGUUCAAUAGCAGGUGUACAAUACAUAACAUGAGCACAAUUACCUAAAAUAUCCUGCGCUAAUAUGAAUCAGUGCAACUCAUCGGUAUAAAUCAGAAUAAACAUUAUAAACCAGCGUGAACCUGUCAGCGCAACACACUGGUGUAAAACAAUAUGACCCAUAUUGAACGGUGUCAGUGUCAAACUGCUUCUUGAGCGACUUACUGUAUGUAUGAAGAAACAACAUUCAGAUUAUAAGAAUAGUUAAGAAACUGCUGUGUGGAACAACACUGAAAGGCCUGGAUGAGUUGUAAUACUGCAGCUGACUCUAGGCGGAGCUGCAAGACACUGAAACCCUGAAGGUGGAGCAGAGAGAAAGAACAGUAGAUGGCACUCGAGCCCCAUCAGUGGGUCAUUAUGAGCCAACCAAGUGCUUAUUCUAAGAUAUGUAAUAACAUGUAAUAACAAGCAUAUUAAUGGCUAUUGUACAGAUAUAACAUAUGUAUUAACGUCAAUGUACAGACAGCUUUUUUGAAUGUGUUGGAAAAAUUAUUUCUAAUAGUUUUUAAGAUCAGAUUAUUUCCAUAGCAAAGAAGGACAUUUGAAGACCACUUUGAUUUUGAAUCCUAAACCUGUUUUUCUUUAUAAUUGGAAAAAAAAAAAGGAUUUUAUACUGCAUCUCUCUCUCUCUCUCUCUCUCUCUCUCUCUCUCUCUCUCUUACCCUUUAUUUUUUCUCUUUCGCUAUCUUAAUUGAUACAUUUUUCUUUUGACAUAAAUUAUUCAUUUUGUUGUAGAUAACACAAGCAGAUCAUAGCAAGUAUUUUACAGGACACAGUGUGUCUGUUUUUGUGUGUGUGAAGAUUAUUUGUAAGUGAGAGAGAGUGGAUGCAUAGUGUACAAUUUUCAAGUUAAACAUCUUUAGAUAAUUUGUGUCUUGCUAAAUGUUUUCAUUUUGUGCAAAUGCUUUUUGAUCAUUUAAAAUAUGUAUCGUAUCUGAGUUUGUUUGAUAUGUUUUGUAAAAAUGUUUGAACUCAACUUAAAAGCAUUGAGAUUUUUUUACAGUAUUUAUCAGUGAUAUGACAUCCCUCAUACAGUAAUAUGGUGUCACUCAUGCCGUGAUAUGACAUUCAGGUUUUGCUGAGAACUUGCUAUUGUUUCCUAUGAAACAUUAAUGUGGUGAUACGUGCCAAACACAUUGCUUCUCUGGCGAAGGCGAUUAAAAAAUAUAUUACAAAAAUUGUGCUUACUAUGGAACUGCACAGAGAUUGCAGAGGGAUACAGUAGUGUUGUAAUGGUGUCAUAUCCUGCCAGGUGGUUAGAUUAUUCAUGUUACCAAUGUUAACCACCCCUGCCAUGAAUUUUGUGCCAACUUUGUGAUACAGUUUCCUUGGUAACCAGCAGAGAGUUAGCUUUAUAAAAGAAUUUGCAGUAUUUACAACAGUUUAAGUUGAUUUGGAUUUUAUAUAGUAAAAGCAAUGGCAAAUGGAGCCAUGGAGUCAGACAACACAAAGUGUGUCUCUAUCCUUAGGUCAACCUGUGUGCAGCUGCUCAGGUCUGUUGGUACAACGGUUUGUAGAAGUCUGUUAUUUUAUACUCUUUACAUUUCUGCCUCAAAUUUGCAGUAAAUAUUGAGUUUGCCUAAAAGUCCUGCUCUUCAAUUUCACUGAGACUGAAGUGUGUAUGUAUUUGCUGUAAUUUGGGGACAAAUCCU